GAACACAGCGCCAUUCACCUGCAUUUCUUUUUCAUUCCACAGGCGAACGAAAAGGACACUGGUUAAAAGAUGGAGAAUGGUGCAACAUCCGAAGGAAAGGACCCGUCCGCCUUUUUGGGCGAGAUAAUUGGAGCUCCAGUAACUGUCAAAUUGAAUUCUGGUGUCGUAUACAAAGGCGAACUCCAAUCGGUAGAUGGUUAUAUGAACAUUGCGCUGGAAAAGUCCCAGGAAUUUGUUAGCGGGCAGUUGACACGCAGUUAUGGAGACGCCUUUAUCCGCGGAAACAAUGUUUUGUACAUUGCCGCGAAUUGAAACUCGAAGAAGAGAGCAAUGGUCAGAACAAAGGCAACGCUACCGUCCAUUGUACUCUAGGACCCUCACACCUGUGUAUAAGCCACUACUUUGGUAUGCGAAGAGGAUCCCAGGAAUGCGAAUCAGGGUUCAGGUGAAAGGACGAAGAGGGGAGGCCCGGGAAGGAGCAGUGGUAUAAAUCCUGUCACUGUGUUCUAGUGAAGUUUGGACUUUUCCGCAUAACCAGGCAUAUAGAAGGGGAAAAGCUUCCAGACUCGAGCUACCCAGGAAUAAAUCCCACCGGGGUUAUUUGAUCGCGAAGG